AUGUAUUAGUAUUUUGAGGCUGAAGAAUAAGCUAAAUAGUUUCAAUAAAUCCUUAUACAAAGAGUUUUGAAAUAAGUCGCAUUUAAGAAAUGGGCUAAAAUAGUAAAAGCAAUAGGUGGCCCAACCCCACAAAUUAAACCCUAAAUAACAUUUAAAGAUCAAAAUCAUGACUAAUAGUCCUAAAAAAAUUCAGAUGCAGUUUAUUAAAUAUCAGACUUUGGAAAUGAUCCAGAAGAGGAUAUGAUUGAAGAAAAAUCAUAGGGAUAUAGAGAUAAAAAUAAACCAAUUCUUAAUUUGAAAUUUGGUGAUGUUUGCUAUUUGAAGUUUUAUACAGAUAGUGGUAAAAAAGGAAUUAUAUCAGGUGAUGGUAUUGCAAGUAAUAAGGUAGAAUGCCUUCCUUAAAAAUUCAAUUAAGAAUCCAAAAAACAGAAGUCAAAAUCUGAUAAUGAAGAUUAAGAAUCUUAAAAAAGUUUUGGAUAGUAAAAAGAUUACCUUGACUCUGUGGCAAAAAUGAUGUAACAAUAAGAAAAGCAAGAUACUUCGAUUUUUAGGAAAAGUGCACAGCAAUAGUUUAGAAAAUGCUUAUUCAGAGUUGUUAAUGAAAAGAAAUAUUUUUAUCAAGAAAAAUUCAACAAAUCAAAAUAAAUCAAUUAAGAAGAUAUCUUACACUUAAGUCCCAAAGUUGAGGAGGAAAAAAAGGAAAAUUAGCAAAAUUAUGAAAGAUUAAAAGGUUCUAACAUUUGUUAUGGUUAGAUUAUUUAAUUAGUCCAUUUGUAUAGUGAUUGCACACUAACUAUAAAUCCUAAUAUUUUAGCUUAGCAAAAUUGUUGCAGAGAAAUGAGCUUAGAAGAAAUAGAUAAUUAAUGGUCAAAUUUUAUUUUAGUUUCAUAAAAAAACACUAAAAAGUUUGGAGAGCCUGUUCUUUAUGGCGAUUAAAUACUUCUUUAGAGUGUAAUGGAUAAAAGUUAUUGGCUAAAUAUAGAUAAUGUAGGAGAUGAAGAAUUAGUCUCUCCUCUCGAAGUUAAUGCAUCUGAAUUUAACAUUCCUCUGAAGCUUUGCAACUAUUUAGACUUUAAAACAGUCGAAGAGAGAGAAGGAAGCUAGUUCAAAGGUAAAAUACUUUAGGCUGGUGAAGUAAUAAGACUUUUCAAUAGGAGCUUAAAUGGGUAUGUUGGAGUGAGAAGAAGUAAAAAUUUUGUUAGAAUAUUAAAAAAAAGAGCGGUUAGCUUCGUGCAAGAUAAUACUGAAAUAAAAAUGGAGUAAGACUAUUUUGACAAAAAAAAAUCUAUAGAAACUCUUGAGAAGAAUUUCGCGCUUUAUAUUUAGCAAAAGGAGGAGCAAAUUGAAUAAAAAGUAACUAAUUAAGUCAUAAAAGGUUCAAGCAAGAAACAGGGUAAUGAAUUAGAAGAUAUUGAAAUUGAUGAUAUUUCAGCUGAGAAGCAAGUCAAUGUAGACAUAUAAACUUUAUGGGAAAUUUAGAAAGAAGAAUCAUUUUCCUCUCAGAUACCUACUUACAAAGGAUUCUUUUACCUUAAAAACCUUGCAUCAAGUCUUUAUCUUGCUGUAUCAAGAAAUCCAAUAUAUUCUCAAAACUAAAAAUAUGUGUUCAGUUUAACUUUUGAUACAAAUUCUAAUAACCUCUUUAAACUAGCUUCUUCUAAAAGCUCUAAAAGGUCAGCAAAAGAUGAAUACAUCUAAUACAAUAAUAGUAUUCUUAUUUAAGGUAUAUCUGAUCCAAAAUUAAAGAGCAAGUCAUAAAUACCUCAAGAGAUUUUUAAAACCUUAGUUCUACAAGAGAAAAAAGAUGGUGAAAGAUAAAAUAUUGUUAUCGAAUGUGUUGAUAAGCUAGACAAGCAAUCGAAGGAAAAAUAUAUUUAUGAAAUUCUGAGUGUCAACAAAGAUUUAAGAUAAACAACUGAUAGGGUUUCAAGUCUUUUCCCAUUCUUGCUAGAUUUUUACAUAUUUUUACAAGACUGGGGUCAUUAAAUAUUGUAAGACUCAAAAGACGUCAAGUAUACCUAUAAACAAGCCUUCGAUAGUUAAAAGCAGCUAAAUAAUAAAGUAAUAGAUCUGUGCUAGAGUAUUGAUAAUUUGUCUUAGUUUUUAAGUGUAGAGGGGCAAUUAUUAAUGAUGAGAUAAGAUGUUAUCCGUGAAAGUGGAUUACUCACUCUCCUUAUUUUAAUUCUUCAGCAAAUCGAUUUUAAGAUAUUUGGUAAGCUAUACAGAGACAAAAGUUAAUAAGAGAAAAAUCAAAUAAUAUCUGAGAGAUCUGCAUAAAAGAUUGCUCAAUAAAAGCUUAAAAAAUGCAUAUCCAUUAUUUAUAAAAUAUUGAUAUCAUGUAUUAAAAGUAACUCUAAGUCUUGUUCGUUCUUAAUCAGUAGCAAAUAGUACCUAAGCUUCUUUUUGCUUUAACUAAAUAAAUACUCAAGUGAUGUAAAGCACUUAAUCAGAGAAGCUAUUAAAUGGAUGGAAGAAUCAGAUGAAAAGGAGAAGCAAAACAUUAAAGAUUGGUGUGACAAAAUAAAUAAUAUAUCUUCAUCUAAAUUAGGAAUCUAAAUUUUUAUUAUGGAAGUUUUGUCUUUGUCAAUGGUAAAUCCUAUGGAAGAAGCAAUUGAAGAAAAUCAAAAAUUCUGCAAAAAAUUAUUAUUCAAACCUACAAAAGAGUCUUAAUCUUUAAAUAAUACCUAAGUUUAACUCAAUAAAGUUAAAAUAGCUUAAAGUUCAAAUUAAUAUUUUAAUGUUAAGCUAGAGUAAAAAAAGUUAAUUUCCUUUUUACUAAUAGAUGAUAAUGGUAACUAAGUUCCAUGUGUCAUUUUCAAUAUGAUAGGAAAAAAUGCAACUAAAAUUGAUUUUGAAAAAGAUAAUCAAAAGCUUAAAUGGAUUCCUUAGCACAAAAAUGUAACAGCAUAAAAUCAAAGUAAUGCUUUCCCAUUCCCAUUCUUUUAGUAAUCUGAUUAUGAAGAUGGAAUCUAAAGUAAAGCAUAAAGAUUAAAAAAAUAUGAUUAGUAUGUUAUAGCUGUUCUGCAUUUCUAUGCAUAGAUGUGUAAGGGAAGAAAUAUCAAAGUCAUUCGUAUCUUAAAAUCUCCAGAAAUUGGUUUGACUGAUGAAUUCAUUAUCACUUGCUUGAAAUUAUUUAAUCCUUUUGAAAAUAUCUAAAAAGAUGAUAGAAUAAGAAAGCUAAAAAACUUAGAGUAUUUUAGAUGUUUCUUGGCACUUUAUUAAGAGACAAUCCUUGAUGCUGAUCCUUUGUUACGUAUUUCUGAAAGUAAAGUUAAUAGUAUGAUCCGUUAGGAUAUUCAAAAUUUCUAAAUCUCUGAUAAAUCUUAUAAGCUUUUCCAUGACUUUGUUUUAACAGAAGAUAGGCAUUAAUAUAUAAAUGCACGUUUGAAGGUCAAGACAUAAACAAGAAUUUUGGAUAAAGAAAAUGAAGAUGAGCAAGAGUACCAAGAAAUUAGAAAAUUUGCAGAUGAAAUUGUAUAAACAGAAGAACGAGAAAACAAAAUUACUUACUAAAUAAUGAAUUUCAUGUUUAAAGGUUACACCUCUAAAGAGUUAAGCAAUUGUUUAAGCGUUUUUAAAGAGCACGAACCAGAUGUUUAAUUAAAAACAUUAUUGUAGAUGCUUAAAAUAGUUCAUUCUCGUAUAGAUUUAGGAUACAAUGAUUUGUACACUAAUUCUCAUAUAAUUAAAAACAUAUAGUAAAUAUUUUAUGCCUUUAUUUGCUUCAAGUCAUAAUUUAAGUAUGAAAAAAAAACUUGGGUAUUUGAUUUAUUAUUAGCUAAUUUCAAAGAGUGCAAAGAUUAAUUCCUAAUCACUAGAGUCGUGCUUGAAGCUUCAAAAAUUAUUUAAGUACUGGAUUCUCUACAAAGAAAUCUAAUCAUUGUUUCUCAAAUACAAUAAAAUAUGGGUAAAAAGCUAACUAUAAAAUUUUAACCUACAAAUAAAUAGUUAAAGGGAGCAGGUUUAGAAUUAGGCAGAGAAGGCGAGAAAGAAAUAGAAAUGGUUAAUCUACUUAAUCAAGAAAAUAACUAAUAAGUUAUUGUUCUUACAACUGAAAAUAUAGAAGAGGAUCUCCAGAUGUAAAGAGAAGAAAGCGAGUAUUUUCAUAAAUUAGAAAAAGAAAAUCUAAAAUAAGAAGAAAGGGAUAAGAAGCAGGAUAAAAUUAGGAACAAAGAGAGUUAUGAAGAGAAAUUUAAAAAAAUUCAAGUAGGAGAAUUAGAAUUUGAUCUAUUUAGAUAAUCAAAUAUGACCAAAAUCAAGAGAAAUAAACAUAAUUUGGAAAAUUUAUAAGACUUAAGCAUAGGUACUUUGUUGUUUGAGACCCUUAAAUGCUCUCUCGAUAACCCCACUUUACAAUAAGCUCUUUCUUAAUAGCUUACAAAUUACAUUUAGCAAAAUAAAAUAUUGAUAGAAUUAUUUGAUUAGAUAGAAAUUAUAGACGAUAAAUAUGAAUUAUAGCUUUUGCGUGACAUAUGUGGUGAUACCUCAGAUUAAAUUUCAGCUAAGGAUAUGCUUGUGUAUGCUAAUAAGCUUACAAAUUUACUUUAAAAUAUGGCUAAAAAUAAAAUUGAUGUUGCAGAUUAAACUUAAUAAUUUUUACCAGCUUUAAAUUCAGCUAUAAAUACUAUGGUAAAUUAAUCAAUGUAAAGUAUGAGCAACCUAAAUUAAUCUAGCCAAAAGCAUUAAACCUACAUGCAGUUAUUUUAAGACGGCCUUGAUAAUAUAUUAAGCUUAUUUAGACUAGAUAACUAUGAAGAAUGUAAAAGAACAAUGAAAUUAGCUAAAUCAAAAGAAGACUACUUUACUUAACUUUAAAAUCUUCUGCGUAACACAAACUUCCACAAAAGCAUGCUUCAUCUGCUAUAAUACGCCUCAAUUUUCUUGUAAAAAGAAAAAAUUGAUGUAAAAGAUGACGAAAAUGGCACUUAUAAAACUCUCUAUAGCAAUAUUAUUGAUUUCUUAUACUAAUUUGUCAAGAAUAAUCCUUAAAAUAGAUUAGAAGUUCUACCUUAUUUCAAUAAAAUUUUAGAGUUAACUCUCUUUUAAUACGAUGCUUUAAGGACUCAUGAUUACAGUUCUGAAAAAAUAAAGAACCGUCCUCUCAAAAUUAGCAAACUGUGUAUUGAACUUCUUUAAGAUAAGAAAUAAGAAAUUGAUUAAAUAAAACACUACAUUAUGAUUAUUUUCGAAUAAAUCGAAAAGUAUAACCCAGAUACUUCUAAUAGCAAGUCUGAUAAAGCUGAAGAUUAAAUAUUGUCUAUCAUGAAAAAAUAGUCUAUUUGCUAGUACCUAAAAAUUUUAAUUUAACUGACUACUGCCGAUUACAAUGUUUGUAUAAAGGCUAACUAAUAAAAAAUAAUGGAUAACAUUUUAAACAGUUAAUCUUUAAAAUCCUUGUCUAAACCAUUUACAACCUAAGAAAUAGAAAAGUUGAGUCAUUAAAGAAAGAAAAAUAGUAAGAAGUUCACAUAAACUUAUUAUUAGUUCAAAAUGCACGAAUUAUGCCUGACUGUAUUAGCUAAGUGCUGCAAAAAUAAUAAAUUAUUAAUCUAAGAAAUUCACAGAAUGGUUUCAUCAGAUUCUCUCAAGAAUAACUUUAUUCUCCCUGCAACUCCUUUUAUGCUUAAAAGAGCAUACUUGAAGCUACUUUUUGAGACUUAUAUUUAAAGGGAUGACUCUGGAAAAUCAACAGAUUCUGAUGUUAUGCUUUCAGACGAAAUUGCUGAAGUAAUAGAGUAAAUAUACAAAAUAGUUGAUGAUAAAAACAACUACACUUAUCUUGAAGGUUUAGUCAAAAUUGAUCCUAAAAAUCAAAGUGAUUGCUGGGAGUUAAGAACUCAUAUUUUAUAAGAAAAAAUUAAUUAGAACAGAGCAGAAUUCAGCUAAGUUAUUCAGCAAGCUAAGAGAUUAUUAAGGGAUAAUAAAAUUAACAAGAGUGCAGCAGUUAACGGUGAGUAUGAUGGAAUUUUGAAAGAUCCAACUGAAUAUUGGAAGUUUUUGUUAAAUGAAGGUGUAAUCCAUUUUUUGACUGAUACAUUUGAUGAAAGAAUUUAGGAAUUAGGUUAAUCAUAAAAAAGUAGCUCUUUGAAAGAAUAAUACUCUAAAAUUAAAAAGAUGUUCGCUAAUAUAAUUGGAUUAAUAAACUAACUUGAAACAUCUUACAGGACUAAAAAAGAAUUUAUAACAAAUUUAUAAGAACAGAAGAUAUUUAUGCUUCGUGUUAAUGAUAUUAUUCCUAAAUAUAAGAGCUAAAAGGGAGGAGAAACCUUUAAGAUUGGAGCAACUUCUACUGGUAAAGUUUUAGUUUAAACUUAUAACACCAGAAAAGAAGAUCUUGAGGGUGGUGGCUUUUAAGAUGUAGAAGAUGACAACAAAAACGAUGUCGAGUUUUAUAAAUUUAUGAGGUUAUUCUUAAUAAGAAAUAGACUUACAAUAUAAAACUUUUGUGAAAAUUUGGUUAAUUUAAAAAAGAAUCUAAAAGCUGAAAGCACUAAGCCUCUACUAAAAGAAGCUAUUAGCAUGAUUAUAAAUAGAGAUAAACAAUAUGUAACUGAUAGCUAAAUAAUUGAAUUCUUGAAAGGAGAAUGCUUAAUAAAGAAAGUUAUGAAAAAGCGUCCUUACACCUCCUCUGCUAAUGAAGAAGACGAAGAAUUAGACACUGAUUUUGAUGAUCAAAACAUUUCUAUCAUUGUUAAAUAGCUAAUAAAAGUAUUAGGUAAAAAGAAAGGAUCUUAGGACAUAUCCCAAUUAGAAAAAGAUGAUGAAGAAGACCACAACAAGGACGACAUGAUUCCUCCAGAUAAAUUAGUUACAGAUUUAGAUAUAUCUGGUCUUAAAGAUAACUUAAAAAUGAAACUGCUUAAGCUUGCAUAAAAUAAUUUAUAAAUGAUGGGCGAAGCUCUCAAUAGCGUUGAUAUGGAAGAAACCCCUUUCACAAACUUUGAUGCUCAAGAUAGAGUGAUGGAAGAAGUUUUUAUUACUUAAAUAUUACUGGAAAUGAUUAAAAAACCGGAUAUCGAUCUUUUUUGUUUAUAUGAAUUUGGAGCAUAAAGUGAUAUGGAUGCUAUUUAUGUGAAAAAUUUGACAGAAAACAUAUAAAAUUUCAUUGAAGCCACAAAAAAAAUCUUUUAAAAAAAAACUAUAUAUUUAAUCAAAUUUUUGAGGGUGAUACUUGAAAUCAAGUAAAUCAAUUAAGAUACUAUUGAGGAUAAGACUCAUAAAGAUAAGAAUGUAUAGGAUAGAGCAUUUAAAGCUGUUAAGGAGUAUAAAAUAUUGCAAACUAUUGUUGGCAAAACAAAAAUUCAUGAGCCUGUUAUUGAUAUCAUAAUAAGAUCUAACUACCAAAAUGAAACUAUAGAAAGCUUAGUCUUGCUUAUGCAAAUGCUUAAUUAUGGAAAUAGCGAUAACUAAACUAUUGUGCUCAACUAUUUAAAACAAGAAAAAGAAAUUUGUUUGGAUUUCUUUUCUUAUUUAAGAGAUUUCUUUUAAAAUAAAUCUACUGAUGACUUAAUUUAAAUUAAGGAGUCUAGAAGAAAAGUACCAAAGGAGACAGUAUAUUUUGAAGUACAUUCUUAUUUAAUUCUAAGAGUGCUUUAGCUUUUCUGUGAAAAUGUUAACAUACGCUUCUAAAAUUUCUUGAGAUAGUAAAAUGAAAAUAUGGGUAUUUACUCUGCAAAUACAAACGUUGUGUUAGAAACAUCAAAUUUCUUAUCAUUCUUACUUGAGGAUCCAUUCACAUCUAUAGAAUGUAAAAGUAAAAUGAUAAGGUAGUGUCUGGAAACUCUUGUUGAUUUCUCAACUGGUGCUGGUGAAAACUAAACAAUUAUAUGUUAAAAUAAAAGAUUAUUUAGCUUUUUACAAGACAAAAUACUUGAUAUGAAAGUAGAUUUUUCUAAACCUAAUUUUUACGAAGAUGAAAAAGUGGUAGCAAAACAAGAGAAUAAAAUAAAUAUGCUGAUUAGCAGUAUAAAAUUCUUAACGACAAUGGUUUAAGGUAAUCGCUCACCAGAAAAUUUAGUCCACAUAUUAAAUCAUAUAGAAUGUGAUAAGCUAUUAUACUUAAUGUACAGGAUUUAUAAAGAAAGAUUGAAACCAAUCUAAAAGAAUCUAAUCCUUGAAAUAUAAUGCCCAAGCAAAGCAAAUAGAAAACAUGAGAAAUGCAAUGAUAGCAUUUGUUAUAAAGGAUAUGUUACAGAUUUUGAUAAUUAUUUAUAUGAAGUUGGCUUCCAGAUAUUUACAAUAUUUUGCUACUUAAUGGAAGUUUUCCCAGAAGAACACGCUCUAGAUCCAUUCACUAAGCUCUUAGAUUCUAAAUACGAUUUUAAUAUCUUUGAUUUCAUGACCGAAGACUGGAGAAGAGAUAAUAUAGUUUCCAGAUUCCAAACAAACUUAAGAAAAUAAAAAGCUAAAAAAUUAAGACUAUUUGAAAGAAAGAAAGAGAAACUACCCGCUAUAGUUCCUCCUCAAGGUAAUCAAUUGGACUAAUAAUAAGGUAAUUCUUUACAAAACAAAAAAUCAUCUUCAGUUGAGCCCUUAAUCGAAAAUGGUAGCAGAUAAUAGAUAGGAUCUUUCCAAGCUCUAGAUUCAAACCAGAAAGAUCCAAGUAGCUUGAAAUAAGAAAAAGUGAAAAGCAUUAUAGUUAGAAUUUUCACAAAAUAAGACAAAGACAGAGUAGAAAAAUUAGAUGAAACUUUUAAAUUUGAUGUGAAUUUCAAUAGAAUAAUAAAUCAAGAUAAUUAAAAUAAGAGAGCAGUACAAGACAUCCGUAAAUAAAUGUACAGAGAAUAAACACUUGGCGAUGAUGAAGAUUAUAUUGGCAAAGAAAAGCCAAAAAGUCUUCUUAAAAUAUUAUUAGAAUGCAUAUACGAUGUAGAAAUGAUGGAACAUGUUCCAAGAUAUUUCUUCUUUUUCAAGAAUUAAGUUGGUAUUACAGAAAUAAAUAUUAAUGAUAACAUCUAGCUCAUAUACUUCUAAAAGCCUUUCUGCUCUAAUUUCUUAACUCCUUACAUUAAAAACCACUUGAUUUAUGAAUCAAACAGAGAAUCUGAUGAAGACAGACUGUUAUUCUUAUUGGAAAACUUUAGCUUUUACUACAAACAAAUGAUUUACAAACAGUACUGGUAUUAGUUUAAGAUUCAUUUAAUUAUGGAGAACUGGAGAACAAUCAAGGAUAUUCAAUUUAUCUUCUUACUUUUGAUUGUAUUCUUGUAACUUUUCUUCCUUGAAGGAUCUAUUGGUGAUGAAACUGGAGGUAAUACAAAAUUAGAUGAUUUAACAUAGGUAUUUGCCAUAAUUUAGCUCAUUCUAACAAUUUUUGUUCUUCUCUUUUGUGGUAUUGAGAGAUGGAAAAUUUCAAUUAAUCGUUUUACAAAUGCUGAUUCAUGGAGGAAGAUUUAAUAUUUAAAAGAAAAUGCAGGCUUGACUAGAGAAACUCUUAUAACUAAAUUUUAAAAAACUCUAUUUUACCUUUAAGAUGAUCUCAAUCCAAGCAACUAUAAGAGAAAAAGCUUCGUUUAUAGAUUAUUUAUUUAUACAUUCUUAAUAUGCUCUGACUUUGAAAAUUUCUACCAUGCAUGCUAUUUGGCAAUAACUAUAGCAGGUUUCUUCUUGAAAGGCCCACUCAUAUAUGGUAUACUUCUAUUGGAUAUCAUUAAGAGAAGUCACUAGCUACAAUAAAUUAUCAAAUCAAUCACUCAAAAUUUAUACAAUAUUUUUAUAUUCACUUACUUGGGAGUUAUAGUUAUGUACAUUUUUGGUAUUGGUGGAUUUGUAUAUUUUAGAGCAGAUUUUAGUUAAGAUAAUAAGGCCUACAAUAAUACCUUUAUCUCUACAGUAGCUUCAGUUAUUAACGUAGGUCUCAGGAAUGGUGGAGGUAUUUCUGAGUCAAUGAAUAAUGUUGUUUAAGAUAGUAAUGGCGAUGACAAGCUUGAAGUAGUGAGUGAAAAUUACUUUUGGGGAAGAUAUUUUUAUGAUUUAUUCUUCUUUAUUCUAAUUAAUAUGCUCUUCAUUUAAAUUAUAUUUGGUAUUAUCCUUGAUACCUUCGGAGAAUUAAGAGCUGCAUAGGACAAAAUCAGAGAAGAAGUUGAUUAGAAAUGCUUUGUCUGCAGUAUGUCAAGGGGUUAUAUUGACAGUCGUAGCGAAGAAGGUUGGUAUUCUCAUAUCUAUUUACAUCACAACGCAUAUCACUUAGUCUUCUAUCUCAUUUACAUAACCAAAAAGGAUGAAACUGAAUGCAAUUAUAUUGAAAAAUAUGUCAAAAAGUGUAUAGAAUAGAAAUAAAUUGGUUUCAUUCCAGAUAGAUAGUCAACAGAAGUACCUGAAUAAGAGCCUGUUAAAGAAGAAGGAGAGUGA